GACCAAAACAAAAACGAAAAAAGAGAAGGAGGGGUGGAGAAGUUCUUGGCAGUCCUAACGUAACAACCUCAUCGGGAUUGCACCCUCCUGUUCUGUGAGAGGGAUUUUAGCCCCUGGGGGCCCUGCCUGACCGGCGAGUCAGGAUCGGAGCUCUCCCUCAUCUCUGACCAAUAGGGAAGGAGAGACAGGAGUCGUAGCUCCGGAGUGGGCGGGAUCGCCGUCGCCAUGGGGUGCAACAUGUGUGUGGUGCAGAAGCCCGAGGAGCAGUACAGGGUCAUGUUCCAGAAGGGUCACAUAAGUAAAAUGCUGUACUCUGUUGAUGGGGAAGGUCGAAUGAAGGUCAACGGGAAGGAGCUGUCCCAUCUGUCCCAGGAGCAGGCCCUGGAGGCCCUGCGCUCCACCCGGGACCCGCUCCUCGCCCAGGUGCUCCGCAGGGGGCCGAGGAGGAAGGCGGGAGCGGGGGCGGCGGGGGGCGUCGCUCUGGCGGUGACCUCGGGGCAGACGGGGUGCGUGGACAGCGGGACCCAGACGGAUAUCAGCUUCCAGCACAUGCUCACGCUGGGGAGGUUGAGCCACCCCCCUGGAGGCCCCCCCGUGCCCCCCUCCUCCCCACCACUGCCUCCCAUCCUGGAGCCCUACAUGCUGAACGAGCUACCCCCCAUAGAACAUGAGUACUACGACCCAAACGACUACUUCGACAUCUCGCAGCACGAAGUCGACAGGCAAGACGAGAUGGAGUACGAGGAGGUGGAGCUUUACAAGCCCCACCAGCAGGACAAGCUGGGGCUGACGGUGUGCUAUCGCACGGACGACGAGGAGGACCUGGGCAUCUACGUGGGGGAGGUGAACCCCAACAGCAUAGCGGCUAAAGAUGGGCGGAUCCGAGAGGGGGACAGAAUUUUGCAGAUCAACGGAGUGGACAUUCAGAACCGGGAGGAGGCGGUGGCCAUCCUGACCAGAGAGGACAGCACCAACAUCUCGCUGCUCCUGGCCCGGCCUGAUAUUGAGAAUGACAACCAGCUGGACCCUGAUGAGCUGGACUUGGAGCUGCCGGUCAGCAUGGGGAUGGAAGCCCUGGACAACGCUGCCCACCUGCCCAGCCCCCACAGGCAGAGAAAAGGGAGCUCGUCCGGAGGCGGGCGAGGGGGCGUGGGGGGGGACAGGCGCGGCCGCCCCCCUUACAGGGACUCCCCGUCGUUACGCCACACCGUCCUCAGCAACAGCCAGGAGCUGGACAGCGGCGUGGGCCGAACGGACGAGAGCACCCGCAACGAGGAGUCCUCCGAGCACGACCUGCUCGGGGACGACCAGACCAGCGCCUCCAACACCAACGCCACCAACACCCCGGGCAGCAUGCGCAAGUUCCGCGCCGGCCGGGGCGACACCCCGCCCCUGCUCCACUCCCGCGACUUCCACUUCAGCACCGACUCCCUGCUGGGGCUGGACUGCGGCGGGGUGGCGGGGGAGCGCGCCGGCGGGUACGCCCCCGACCCCGCGGCCAUGAUGAUGCCGGGCCUCACCGAGGAAGAGUGCGAGCGCUACCGCGAGCUGCUGGAGAUCAGGUGCUACUACGAGAAGAACGGCAACGCGCUGCUGGCGCUGGGGGCGGAGCGGGCCCGCGGGGGGGGGCGGGUGCCGCUGGACAUGAACCGCAACGAGAGCCUGAUGCAGCACGAGAUGGCGCUGCUGGAGGAGGAGCUGCGCCACCUGGAGUUCAAGUGCCGCAACAUCCUGCGGGCGCAGAAGAUGCAGCAGCUGCGCGAGCGCUGCAUGAAGGCCUGGCCGCUGGAGGAGGCGUCCGGGGAGAGGCCGGCGGGGGCGGGGGCCGGGGCCGGGGCGGCCGGCCUGGGCGGCGAGGACCCCUCCCACCACGAGCUGUCGGACAUCACCGAGCUGCCCGAGAGGGAGCGCUCGGACAAGGACAGCACCAGCGCGUACAACACCGGCGGGGAGAGCUGCAGGAGCACCCCGCUGGCGGGCGAGCAGUUCCCCCCGCCCUCUGCGCACGGGGACGACUCCAGCAACUCCGCCACCCUCCAGAGCCGCACCCCCAGCAGGCACAGGGAGCGGGGGGAGCGACAGGCCAACCUCAACCGCCCCUACUCGCCCGGCGCCGGCAGGAAGUACGAGGAGGGCGGCGAGCGCACGAGCCCGGCCGCCAAGUUCCGCUCCCUGUCCCGGGACGGCGCGGCCCGGAGGGGCUCGGAGGGGGCGAUGAGGAGGAGCCCCAAAGGCAGCGGGACGCUGGACAGGGGGGGCGGGCGCAGCGCAGACACCAGCCCCUACUUCUCCCGCCGCCACCGCGUGACCAAGCUACCCGAGCGCUACCAGAGCUGCAUGCAGCUGCGCUCCGCCGCCGACCCCCUGGCCCCCGCGGACUGCGCCGAGGAGAGGGGCGGGCCGGGAGGCGUGGCCGGCGACACCGGCGGGGACCUGAGCCCCAUGAGCAUCGGCAGCUCCCUCGCCCCGGCCGCGGGGCAGCGGCCGGAGCCCCCCCCGGCCUCCCUGCUCCUGCCCCCGCCCCCCCCGCUGCCGCCCGCCUCCCCGCGGAUGGAAUGGAAGGUGAAGGUGCGCAGCGACGGCUCGCGCUACGUGGCCAAGCGGCCCGUGCGGGACCGGCUGCUCAAGGCGCGCGCCAUGAAGAUCCGCGAGGAGCGCAGCGGCAUGACCACGGACGACGACGCCGUCAGCGAGAUGAAGAUGGGCCGCUACUGGAGCAAGGAGGAGCGCAAGCAGCAGCUUAUGCGCGCCCGCGAGUACCGCCGCCGCCGCGAGUUCAUGAUGCAGAGCCGCCUGGACUGCCUGCGUGAGCGCGAGCAGCAGGGCGCCGCCGACGGCAAGCCCGGCCAGCAGGGGGCGCCGCAGGAGGCCAGCAUCCUGGAGCUCAGCCAGAGGAAGAGCAUGAAGAAGCGCAGCCGCAGGAUCCUGGACAACUGGAUCACCAUCCAGGAGCUGCUGGCCCACGGCACCCGCUCCCCCGACGGCAAGAAGGUCUACAACCCCCUGCUGUCAGUCACAACGGUGUGA